AUGUUUCGACGAAGCAUCACGUUCGACAUGUUCGAGAACUGCGACGCGGAACUACUUGGCAACGGCUACUGCCAGGGGUCCAACAACAACGAGAUAUGCGGCGCGUCGACCCGUCCGUCAGACUACGACUUCGGCGACUGCUGCGAGCCCACCUAUGGGGCUGACUCUUCCGAGUCGCUUGACGAGUUUGCUUGCUCAAGUUUCGCGCGUAUCGAUCCCUGGUUUGUGACACAAUCACCAACCUCGGCACCCCUCUCUUCGGAGUGCCCAGGAGGCCCCUCGUGCGUGGAAGGCGCAGGCGGGCCGUCCGUCGACGACCCGGGGAUACUAGAAAGCGCGACCAAUCAGGGAGCCGAUGAGGUCCAUUGCUACCUGCUCUUGAUGGCUAACGUGUUUUCCGUGGCUGAGGGCAUGUGUGAUAUUUUGCUUGUGCCUAGCUCGAAAGAGAAUCUCAAGAUUGGAGCGGUACCUUUGUUUGGUGCUGUGAGUGCUCUGUCUGCCUUCCGCUUGAGCAAUGCUGGUCGUCACGUAACAGCCGCGAUCGUGAACGCAGUUUUGGAAGGGUUGUUUCCCACGCCCUGGUUGGUUUUCGCUAUCGCUGCUAUCGCUGCGCGUGUGGAUAGUAGACCCAACAGCGACGAAGACUCUUUCGAAACUUGCUUCCAAGUUGGUUUGCUUGUUGGGGAGGCAGUGGGCGACGUGAUUAUCCCGUUGGUUGCAACACUGAUUCAGCCUUUGUUUCACCGUGAUGGCGCGUGGAGGUCGAACUUCGCUUUCACGUGGUGGGCGAUAACCGGGUUCGCCAUCACCUCGGCGAUUUGCAUGUGUCUCGUGCCCCCCGUGAAUAGAAUUGUUUUCGGUGCGAAACUAGCGUGCCUGACCCAGUACUUUUUCAGUUCAUCUACAGGUGUCAUGUCCUUUGUGAUUGUUACGUUGACCGAGGUAAACAUCGCAGAUCCUCCGACGUUUGACAUCGUAUGGAGUAGCGUGGUAGGGACGCUUGGUGUGCUAAGCGGGUACAGUAGCUGGCUAGCGUUCAAACAGAUUCAAGAUAUUCCUGACGGUCAUAGCUUCCAGGCUAGUGCGCCGACAUUACCCGACCAAUCAUUCAUGUGUAUCCACUCGGGGGAUGGGGAGAGGGGGUAA